UUCGAGGAAAAUAAGGAUGAUUCAAAAAGAGUUAAAAGAGAAAGGGAUAGAUCACAUUCACGUGAGAGAGCUAGAAGGGACAAGGAAAGAGCCAAAGACAAUGAGAGGGACAAAGAACGUCGACGGCGUGACGAUGUAGUCAAUAAGAAGGAGCUUGAAAAGGAAAAGGAGAAAGAGAAGCUGAAAAAUCUGGCGAAAGAGUUAUACCAAAAGAAAUUAGAAGAAGAAGAAGCGAAAAGAAAUGUUGUUGUGACUGAAGAAACGUUAAGGGCGAAGGAGCUCAUGUAUAAGGCGCAGCAAGAGAUUGAAGAGAGGAAACGCCAAUUGGGCUUUGCAGCAGGAGUAUCAGAGUUGUCUGGAGCGACCGCUGUCCCACCUAUAAUGGCCAAAAAUGUCGCUCUGAGACCUCAAGAAGCCCAAAUGUUCAUACAGGCAUCUAUGAAUAAGAAGAAUCGAGUAGAAGAACUCAAGGCUAAACUCGCUAAAGCGACUUCGACUAUAAACUCGUUAGUUCGACCGAAUGCACCGGUUAUGGCUCCUCUCCCUGAGAUGCCUCCUGGACUCCUCAAAGAGCGAGAAGAAGAUGUGCAUCAGGAGGAGGAGUUUCUGGAAUUUAUGGAUCCCAGGAUCAGCGCACGUCCGUCUGAAAGGAAAAGGAAGAUGUUCAACUUUCACGAAAAAGGAGAGUUUGAGCAACUUGCGAAUAAGCAAAGAGCCAUGGCCAAGCUGGAGAGGUUGCAGUGGUAA